CAAAUUCAAUUUCUGCUCUGAAAGGUUGAGAACGCCGACUGCGACUAAAAUACACACAAAGAUAUAUAUAUAUAUAUAAAACCACCACAUACAGAGCCAGUCACAGCUGACAUACAUAAAAAUAAAGUGCGCAAGAGAGGAAUACAGCAAAAAAAAAAUAAACUGCGUUUCUUAGUUAAUAAUUUAAUACAAACAAUCAUGAAGUUCCAAUAUAAAGAGGAGCAUGCAUUUGAGAAGAGACGUGCCGAGGGUGAUAAAAUUCGUCGCAAAUAUCCUGACCGUGUGCCUGUGAUUGUCGAAAAGGCACCAAAGGCUCGCAUUGGGGAUUUGGAUAAGAAAAAGUAUUUGGUACCAUCGGAUCUAACUGUGGGCCAAUUCUAUUUUCUCAUACGCAAACGCAUCCAUUUGCGUCCCGAAGAUGCUCUAUUCUUCUUUGUGAACAAUGUCAUUCCACCAACAUCGGCUACCAUGGGCUCAUUGUAUCAGGAACAUCAUGAAGAGGAUUAUUUCCUGUAUAUAGCCUAUUCCGAUGAGAAUGUCUAUGGAGCGGCCAAUUAAGGGAGUAGUCGCUCGAGUAUAUAGAAAUGCAUCCAACAUCAACAGCCUAUACAGAAAUCGAUCUAUAUAUAUAUAUUAACUAUAUAUAAUACGUUUAGCAGACAGCUUAAAACAAAAAAAAAAAAAGAAAUACAAUCGAAAAAUAAUGAAGGCAAAAACUGCUGGAAUUAGCUAAACAAAUUGAUGGAAUAGAAAACAAAACAAAAAGAAACAACAAAAAAAAAAACACAAAAAUUUAUUAAACAUAAAACAAAACAACAAAAAAAGAUUGAUAAAAAGUAUAUUGUUAUGUGACACUUAUUUUAUAUAAACAUUUUCUAUACGAUCUAAGUAUUUCAAACGAUUUGUCCUAUGCUUUAAUUAUGUAACAAAGCCUCCAUCCCCGUCUCCCCCACCCAUCUCCCAAAAACUUUAUGCAAUAUGAGUUCUUCCUGACGACCCGCCCCCCAAUCCUGUGCCCCCUUAUCACCCCUUUUUCUUCUAUAAAGCGCAAUUACUUUAAAUUUGA